AUGGCGGCCCUACGCGCGGCCAUAGCCGCCCUCCAAGACAAGGUGCAACGCAAGCAGCGGCAGCUGCGCGAGCUCAGCGCCACCAACGAGCGCCUGCAGGUGCGCGCCGCAUCCCUGCACCUGCUGGCUCGCGUGACCGCCGAGGCAGACGCCGCGCGCGCCGCCUUCGGCGUCGCGUGCGAGCACUCCGCCGCUGAGCGGCGCCGGCUCGAAGCGCUGCUCGAAGAGGAUGGCGCGCGCUGGACCGCGGCCGUCGGCGUGGGCGCCGCCAGCCCCGGCACGGCCGCUAGCGCUGGCGGCUCCUGCAUUGACGCGCUGAGUGAGGCGUCGGGGCAGCCGCCGCCGCCGCUGCAGCAGGAGCAGCAGCAGCAGCAGCAGCAGCAGCAGCAGCAGCAGCAGCAGGCAGGCAGCAAUUCCUGCGGAGGCAGCGCCAGUGUCACCACGAGUGGCCCUGCGUCCACCGGGCAGCUGGGGGCGGCCGCUGCGCGAGGCGACGACCUGUUGACCAGGCUGCCUCACCUGCAGCCAGGCACAUGCCUCCUGCACGUCCAGGGGACGCCGCCCGAGGCGGUCGCUGAUUAUGCAUCCAUGGACGCGAACGAGGCAAAGUCGCGGUGGCGCGAUCUGGUGGACGAGGCGCUCGUGAUUCAGGGGGACUGCGCGUCCGAGGAACAGCUUGACGCCGCGCUGGGGCGCUGCGCGGUCAAGAUGCUCAGGUCGGUCCGGCAGGGGAAGGUGGAGGGGCGACGGGGGGAUCACGGCGCGCGCCGCUGCUUGGGGGUGGCGCGGCGGCGGCUGGUCGUCGGCGCCAACGGGGCCAGCCUGAUGUUUUCCAACCAGCGGGACGCGCCGCACGACCACUGGCGGCAGGCGCUCUUCGAGGGGGCGCGCCUGAGCCGCCACCAGCGGCUCGCGGCCCCCGGGGCCGGCGCGGCGGCGGGCGGCGGCGUGGGCGGGGGCAACCAGGAAGAAAUUUGCGCGGCGCUGGAGGCCAAUAGCGGCGCAGAGUGGGCGACACUCGUCAUGAUGUGGCUGGCGCUGCCCGCGGUGUUCUCGCUGCCCCAGUGGGCCAGGUUCAUCAGCAGCUGCUGGCCGUUCCCCGCCGACGAGAAGAUCUGCGUGCAGCUGGUCGAGGAGGCGCUGACGUCGGCGCCGCAGCUCUUCCGCGACGACGCCCGCUGA